AUGCUACGAUCCGCCCGCUGGCAGCUGAGGACCCCGCACGUUGCCUCGGCCAACAGAACCAGCUUCCUGCCAUCACCACCAUCAGCCAGCAACAGACAUGUCUCCAGCUUCCCCAACGUGGGCGAGAAGCUACAUGGCUUCACUCUCAAGCGCGUCAAGCAGGUGCCUGAACUUGAAUUGACCGCACUGCACCUCGAGCACGACAAGACGGGCGCCGACUACCUGCACAUUGCCCGCGAAGACGCCAACAAUGUCUUCUCCAUUGGCUUCAAGACGAACCCCCCCGACGCCACUGGAGUGCCACACAUCCUCGAGCACACCACGCUGUGUGGGAGUCAGAAAUAUCCCAUUCGCGACCCCUUCUUCAAGAUGCUCCCGCGCACGCUCUCCAACUUCAUGAAUGCCUGGACCUUCCCCGAUCACACCGGAUACCCCUUCGCCACGACUAAUGUCCAGGACUUCAAGAACCUCAUGUCCGUGUACCUCGAUGCAACCCUUCACCCGCUUCUCAAGGAAAACGACUUCACACAAGAAGGCUGGCGGAUAGGGCCUGAGAAUCCAAUGGCGGCAGAGACGGAGGACCCAGAUGCGAAGAAGCUGGUCUUCAAGGGCGUUGUCUACAACGAGAUGAAGGGCCAAAUGUCGGACGCAAGCUAUCUCUUCUACACAAAAUUCCAGGAGCACCUCUUUCCCGCCAUCAACAACUCGGGCGGCGACCCCCAGAAGAUCACCGACCUCACAUGGGAGCAAUUGCGAAAGUUCCAUGCCGACCAUUACCAUCCUAGCAAUGCGAAGAUCCUGACAUACGGCGACAUGCCCCUGGAGAGCCAUCUGCACGAGGUCGAUCAGCGGUUGAAUGCUUUCGACAGGAUAACAGUCACGCAAGAUAUCAAAGGGCCGAUCACGCUGGAUGCUCCCAAACAUGUCACGGUUUCUGGUCCCCUGGAUCCCUUAGUCCCGCAAGACCGACAGUACAAGACAUCCGUCACCUGGUUAAUGGGCGACACAAGAGAUGCUGUCGAGAACUUUGGUCUCGGUGUCCUUAGCAGCUUGCUCAUGAGCGGUUAUGGGUCUCCUCUAUAUCGCAAUCUGAUUGAAUCUGGACUGGGCGCAGACUUCAGUGCCAAUACGGGAUAUGACAGCGCCGGUACCCGGGGUGUCUUUACGGUUGGAUUGGACGCCGUCAAGGCCGAUGACGUGCCUGGAGUACGCGAGGCUAUCGUCAAGACGUUUGCGGAGGUGCGAAAGAAUGGGUUUGAUAAGAUCAAGGUGGAUGGCAUCCUGCAUCAGCUAGAGCUGUCGCUAAAGCACAAGACUGCCAACUUUGGCAUGAGCAUCCUCCAAAGGCUCAAGCCUGGCUGGUUCAAUGGCAUCGACCCCAUGGAUGCGCUUGCGUGGCAAGAGACUGUCGACGCUUUCCAGAAAAAGCAUGCCGAGGGUGAUUAUUUAGAAGGCUUGAUCGAGAAGUAUCUCUUCAGUGAGAAUACUCUUACCUUCACCAUGCGCCCGUCUGAGACUUUCAGCGAGGAGCUGGCCGAGGAAGAAAGUCAGCGGCUUGCAUCAAAAAUCUCUGAGACUACGAAGCAAUUCCCUAGCGAAAAGGAUGCCCAGGAAUACUUGGAGAAGCGCGAGCGGGAGCUGCUGGAAGUCCAAGAGAAGGCGAGAAAUGAGGAUCUGAGCUGCCUACCCACGGUGCACGUCAAGGAUAUACCUCGUGAGAAAGAGAGGAAGCCGAUUCAACAAUUAAACCUAGAUGAAGUCAGCGCUCAGUUCCGUGAGGUACCCACCAAUGGUCUGACGUACUUCCGUGCUGUUCACAAGUUCAGCGAGAUUCCAGAUGAGCUUCGAGUCAUGAUCCCACUAUUCACAAGCGCCAUCAUGCGUCUCGGAACCAAGGAUAAGACCAUGGAGCAGCUCGAGGAGCAGAUCAAAUUAAAGACGGGGGGUAUCUCUGUAGCCUAUCACUGCUCUCAGUCGCCUAAUCGGCUCAACAAACUGUCGGAGGGUUUCGUUUUUUCAGGUUACGCAUUCGACCGGAAUGUUCCCGACUUGUACGAGCUCCUCCGAAUGAUUAUUCAAGAGACGAAUUUUGACGGGCCUGAAGCGGAGAAGAAGGUUCGCGAGCUCCUUCAAAGCUCGGCAAGCGGUGCUAUCAACUCCAUUGCCGAAUCUGGCCACUCUUAUGCGAUGCGGUAUGCGGAAGCAACCGUGGGACAUGGAGGCCUCAUUGAGCAGACCAGCGGUCUCACACAAGUCAAACUUAUGACCAGUCUCGCAUCUCAAGAAUCUCUCGCCGACGUAAUGUCCAAGCUCAAGGCCAUUCAGGGCUUCGCUAUAGCCAACAGAUGCAACUUCCGCGUUGCCAUCAAUUGCGGUCCCGAAUCCGCCACCUCCAACCAAGAGGCGCUCCGCAGAUUCCUCCACACCCUACCAAAGGAAGUGCCCAGCUUCAAGAUUGGAGAGCAGCAAACGUUCCCCCGUGGCACCAAGACUUUCUUCCCCCUUCCCUACCAAGUCUACUACUCCGCCCAGGCAUACCGAACAGUAGCUUACAAUGACGAGCUCAGCGGGCCUCUUGAGAUCCUCGCCAAAAUGCUUACCUUCAAGCAGCUGCACCCUGAAAUUCGCGAGAAAGGCGGGGCCUACGGCGGUGGGGCCUACGCGCGCGGUCUCAGCGGCGUCUUCGGCAUGUACUCGUACCGUGAUCCAAAUCCCCUAAACAGCCUGAAGAUCAUGGCUGACGCUGGAACAUGGGCGCGCGAUUGGGCAUGGACAAAUCGGGAUCUGGAAGAGGCCAAGUUGAGUGUUUUCCAGUCCCUGGAUGCGCCGCAGAGUGUGAGCAGUGAGGGAAUGCGAGUCUUCUUGAACGGCAUCACGGACGAGAUGUGGCAGACCAGGAGGGAACGUCUUCUCGACACAACGACUCUCCAAGUCCGGCAAGUUGCGCAAAAGUACUUGGUCGAGGGCGCGGCGAAUGCGAGGACUGUUGUACUGGGCGAGAAGAAGGACUGGGUCAAAGAGAGUCACGGCUGGAACUUGAGGGAUUUGGGUAUGACGGCGGCAAGCUCGGAACAAGCAGGCGGAGAGGAACAGUGA